CACAUCAUCAUAAUCCGAUCAUCGUCAAAGGACCAAUGCCUGUUCCUGUCUCUUUGAAAAGCUGUAGGUGUAGUACCAGAUACACGUAACUGAUGUUGCUUAGUCCUUCUGUAUUCUGGGACUAGCUAGCUAGAGUAGCAGGGCGAUGGAGGCGAGUGCUAUUGCUGGGGGCGCAACGCUUGGGCAAAGUCUGGUUGGCAGCAACAGCGCCAACUUUCACAAAAGUGUAGAGCGGCUCUAUGAUUCUACAAGUUGGAGUGUUUUGGGUGAAUUUGGUGAAUCCUAUGAAAUGGACCAAUUCCUCAAGGGCCUGCAUUCCCCUGCCCACCAAGCCCUGUUUGUAAUCCAGCAUGCCAUUUCCUGUACAAGCAGCGUCAGUGUGGCACUGCCCCAUUGCCUCCACUUUUUGAAACCGUCCCAUCAAUUCAUUGUCCCAAAAAGAAGAGAUCCAGAGACGAACAAUGAAAAUGAGAGAAUCUGGCCGUGCGUCUCCUACACAGUGAUACCAACAGCCAAUGUUGUUCCGGAGGGAUGGACCACCUUGACGGACCAGAGUGGUGGCAUCAAAGAUCCCAAUGAAAGCAGCAGCACAAACAUGCAAGUACCAACAUAUUGCUCCAAAGAAUAUGUGUCCCAAGUUGUCAGUUUGUUGGAGAGAUACAACAGCGAAAGUUCGACUUGCAACCACCAAGAAGAUCCGAUCCAACAAUUCAUCCAGAAACUUAUUCAACACCUCCACUACACCCUUGGAACGGACUUGAGAAAUGGUGCUGCCGCAGAGGCUGCCUUUGACUUGUCAUUGGCAGGAGUUGUCGUGUCGCCCGACACUGGUGAUCUGUAUAGCAUGCUAGCACAUAUAGCUGCUUUGGAGCUGGAACGCAAGAGUGGUCGGUCUCUACGACCUGCCAGUAUUUUGAGAGUUGUGGAGAAACUGGCCGCCUCUGGACUACAAAACGACAAUCCAUACGCUGCCAAGGCUUUUGCAGCCGCCUAUCGCUCUUUGACAGGGAACAAUAAGCAGGCGAAGAAAGGAACCGUGUCUAAGGAAUCACUUGAAGAUUUGAGGACCGGUCGACUACAAUUGUUCUCAUUUCGGUCCUUGCAUUGGUUGUGGCGUCGGGGUCAUUUGUUUCAUAAAGUUUCCUCUGUCGACAAGGCUUGCUCCCUGUCGUCAAUCGACGCCAUAGCAUCACUCGAUAGCCUCUUUGCGGAUCCGACUCUUCCACUGGUCGUGGAUGUCGGAUGCGGCUUGGGUGUGACCCUUUUGGGUCUGACAGCUGGUCAAUCCACAACAAAAAGUCUGCAGCAGCAGCACCUACAGCCAAUGGAUUGGAGCCAAUGCAAUUUUCUGGGUGCUGAGUUGAGCUCCCAUGCAGUUCGAUGGGGCAAUGCUAUGGCCAAGCGCUGGGAGGUGUCGGGUCGAUGUCACUUUCUUCAUGUAUCAACUGCAACGCUGCUGGAUUACCUUCAUUUGGAAUCAGACCGUUCCCAUCUGCAAGUUGCUUGCAUCUUGCUACAGUUUCCAACCCCAUAUCGUCUACAAGGACUCGGCAAUGAUGAGCUAGAAGAAGAAGAGGAAGGUCAAGACCAUCAGAGUUUUGCUGGCAAUAAUCGUCUUCCAUUGGGGCCAACCGAUGAGGCCUUCAUGGCCAACCCCCAAAUUCUGCAGCGUAUGGUGGACUUGCUGAAUGCCAAAGUUGCAACUACAGAUAGUCAGCAACAAGCAGCAACCAGUGGGCACCUCCUUGUCCAGUCAAACUGCGAGGACGUUGCUUUGUAUAUCUACGAUACAGUGCUUUCCAUGGGACUUGAGGCCGUGAAAAGCCAAAAUCCACGAAUACGCUCUGACACUGAAAAAAAUGGUUCCACCCCAACAGCCCGAACCAAGGAGUGGCUGCGACUCCAACGAGAGGAACGCGAAAGGUCCAAGAGCCAGGAGACAAUUCGCCGUGCCCAAGGCGAUCAUUGGUCGUCCGGACCAAUUCUGCCUGUCUGCACUGAAACGGAAGCGUCUUGUCAGCUGCAAAACACACCCGUUCAUCGUUGCCUCUUUAGAGCCACGCAAACAUGAUGAAGUCUAGGUUUAAGUCCCACAACCGCCCUUCAACAGAUGCACCGCCGGUUUAGCAUGUUCCAACCCUGCUAGAUCUGCAUGGACCAUCACCACGUGUGCUCAAACCUUGCCAAAGCAAGUUACAUGUAGUGGCUGGACCGUUUCUCCAAAAGGUAGCUACACCGAUUUCAAGCAAGCAAGUUGACAACCCAGAUGCUUUCCCUUGCUGGCACGUGCAAUUGUCUAGUUCGGGUUGGCUGUGAAGUUGAGUGACAAGCCGUACGUCUUGACCAGUCCUAGACUACUAUUGUCUAUCCAAGCAAAGCCAAGAAUCCUACUACCGGUAGCUAGAAUGAAGGGCUGGUUCCAGGCAAGCUAGCCAACUCAUCAAGGAUCCAACCUGCCAGAGGAAGGAUGCCAGCCAAAGGACCAGGAUCGUGCGAUCCUGCAACCCGAGGGGCCCGUUUCUUUUACCUUGACUGCGCCGAAAUACCUAACUAUCGAACUACCACCUAAAUGUAGACCUGAGUUGACAGACGCCAACCAAAAUGGUUUGUUUGGAGGUUGGCUAAGUGGCUCGCUGGAAUGCUUCAUGGGCACAACGCACAAACAGCAUAACAGCAGCAGGGAAGCUAGGUCUCCUGUUCACAAGCGACUAAAAAGCUUGCAAGAAGACCCAGUGAGGUCUUGGGUUGUUUGAAAGUUGCGGGAAACUGCACCUGGUGUGAGUCAUCCAUGUCCAAAUCCUUUUUUCUUUUUUUGGACAAAUAAUGGCUAAAAAUUGAAGAAUGACUGAAUGUGGAGAAGGAUCAACGAAAAAUCACGUAUAAAUGGCUACCAGGUGCUCAACCUGGAAGAAAGGAGGAUUUGGAAGCUUUCUGGAAUUCAUCAGCAAGGCUCAAAGUGGCAUAAGAUACAAAAAGCCCAUUCCCCGCAACUCCCUUGGGUUUCCUUCCGAAUGAUCCCUGCACAGACGUGGACUUCUCCUUUUGGCCAACCAACUUACAGCUCUGAAAGCCGAGGAU